ACCUCUUGGAAUGAUGGUUCACAUGAACGGGUCUUCUAUUGAUUUGCCAAUAAGAGUCUUGUUUGUAACUCAAAUGUCAGGGUCACAUCUUGGUAUCGAUAAACUAGCAAUUAUGUGUUUUACUGUUUUGCUGAUGACAAUAGCAGCUCCUGGUAUAUCCGUAGGACCCUACCCAACAUUUCUCGUAACAACCCUCUCUAUCCUGGGUGUACCACCACCGCCCUCUAUAUCACUUUUGAUAGCUGCUGAAUGGAUUGUAGAACGAGCGCGAUCAACAAGCAACGUUAUCGGUGAUUGUUACGUUGCAGCGUUUGUGGAGAAGUUGUGCUCAGCCAACUUACCGAAGAUUGAUGUCGACAUUCAAGAAGUUUGAUAUUUCUUUCUUUCUGCAUUUGUAACAUGUAAAUACUAAGUUUACGAGCUUUCUCGCCCA